AGACAACGUCUUCGGCAUCGACAACAACAACAACAACAACUCACCGACAUCCCAGCCAAAUAAAAAAAUAAAAUAAUCCAGCCACAGUUAACAAAUCGCCGCAAACAGGUUCACUGGGAAAUUGGUUUCAUCGUCGGAUUCGAUCGAUUAGUGCAUCAAGUCUCCGAAAUCAUCAUGGGGCUUCGACUGUCCCAAAACGUAACAGUGGUGCUCUCACUUUGGCUCAUGCUGAUGGCAAUCAACUUGAGCGAAGCCAAAACCAUUCAAAAGCGGAUGUUUGCUACUGGAAAUCCAUUCACGUUCGGUGGCUUGCGCAACGCCAUUCUCCAUCGCCAACUGCAUCAGGAGCCAUCGGAAGGUGUCGCCUGGCCGAAGUUCGUAGCACUCAAGGAACACAUCCGACCCAGUCGCCAAUUCCAGCCGAUUGUCGGUUCGUCCGCCUUCAUUCCGCUCGGAAACAACGUUCCGCUGGAACCGGAGCACCGCGCUGUGAACCAUCACGAUUCGUCGCCACAUCUCAACGAGGUGGACGUUCAGAGUUCGACCGAUUCGACACCUGAACCACCGACGGAAUCGCCGAUUCUUUUCAAACAGUUCACUCCGUCUCUCCCCAUUCCAAUUCCGUUCCUUCCGUACAGCGUUCCAGUUAAUCAGCAGACGUCUGUUCCAGCAUCUUUCACUUCGUACAACGGCCAAGUCUCCCAGACAUCGUCUCUUCCGCAACCCACACCUGUUCAGGCAUCUCUUCCGACGUCUUUCACUACGAGCAACAACCCAGAGCCGGCGCAAUCUUUCGUCCCUUACAACGCUCCUGUCCAGCAGCAGCCCCAGCAACCUAGUUCCCAGUCUUUCACCACUUUUAAUGACCAGUCAUCGCAGCAAUUGCCUGCUGCUCAGCCUACAUCUGUCGCCGAAACUUUUACUCCGUUCACCAGUGUUGAGCCACAAUCUGCAUCCGCAUCUUUCCCUUCUUUCAAUAUCCCACCACCGCAGCCUCAAUAUUUCACUCCUUACAAUAACCAAGCCUCGCAGCCAUUGCCAUCACCUCAACCCACAUCUGCUCCGGCGUCUUUUAAUCCAUUUAACAAUGCAGAUCAGCAAGCUGCUCGCGCAUCUUUCACUUCUUACAAUGGCCCUGUUCAACAACAAUACACUCCCAACAACGCUCCUGCUCAACAACCACCUCCACAGCAGUUUACUUCUUACAGCGCUCCUGCUCAGCCUCAACCCACUGCACAGCCAUUCAUUCCUUCGCAGUUUGUUCCUGUUCAACAGCCUCAGCCCGCUCCACAGCAGUACGCUCCUCACAGCGCUCCUGCUCAACAAUCGGCUCCACAGCAGUUUACUCCUUACAACGCUCCUGCUCAGCCUCAACCCACUGCACAGCCAUUCACUCCUUACAACGCUCCUGCUCAACAACCCGCCCCACAACAGUACGCUCCUGCUCAACAACAACAACCCGCCCCACAACAAUACGCUCCUGUUCAACAACCCGCCCCACAACAGUACGCUCCUGUUCAACAGUCCCGAGCUUCAUUUUACAGCAGUCCCAUUCAACCCCAAUCUGCUCCACAGCACGAAGAAUCUUUCUCUCCGUUCAACGGUCCUGCUCCACAGAUCCAGUCGGCCUCUUACAACCCUCAACCUGCACAGGAGCCCCAGCAGCAACCGUUCCAGCCAGCCUCUCAAGCGGCACCAGCAGUAGAAAGCGCUCGAUCUUACGAAGACACCCAAGCGUACGGACCACCGCAAGUUGCCCAGCCAUUUUCUAUAUUCCAAGAAAUGAUCCAACAGAAUUUGGUGGGUUGGCCAGGCCAGGUUGAGCAACCAUCGCAGGGACGCCAAUAUCAGCAGCCACAGUACGCCCAGCAGCCGCAGUACGCCCAGCAGGGAGCUGAUCACCAAAAUUACCGCAACUCGUACGCCAACUCUCGUUUCCUCAACUUUGAGUCGCCAACGAGUCAAUUCGCCAAGAGAUCGCUGGAAGCGCCGCCAUCACCAUCCGAAUUGGGUUUCCCAUCGAUCGGCAGUUUCUUUGAAAAUUUCAACAAUGAUGUCGACUGGGCCAAUUUCGCUGGUAGACGCAAGCGCCGCUCGGCCCAGAGACCCACCAACACCAGAAGAUCUGCCCAAGACUGGGGCAAUCGAAAGAUUAUUGAAGAUUACGACAACAUCGCAGUUGAGGCUAGACAAUCUCCGGAAUCCCGCGUUCCGGCUCCCUCUUCCCGUUCAGUUUCCAACGACAGAGGACACAAACAAGAGCCCAAACAAGAAUACGACGGCCCCUAUGUCUACACCCAACUUUUCGGUCCACCUUACGAAGUGGGAUACAUCCGCAGCCCCAUUCCGUCCAAGCAUGUUUAUGAGGACUACUUGCAGUUUGUCCGAUCGUGGAGCGCUGCCAGUCGUGAUGCCGUCGAUGACCAGCUGAGAACCAAUCCAGCAGCCGCCAAGGACUACUCUUCAGUGAAAUACACGGAUUCCGCACCGGCCUACAAAGAAUCAGCGCCAGCCUACAAAGAAUCAGCCCCAGCUUACAAAGAACCAGCCCCGGCCUAUAAGGAACCAGCCCCGGCCUAUAAGGAACCUGCACCGGCCUACAAAGAACCUGCAUCCACCUAUAAGGAAUCAGCCCCAGCCUACACGGAGGCUCCAGCCUAUAAAGAAUCGACCCAAUCCUACAAGGAAUCAGCCCCGGCCUAUAAGGAAUCAGCCCCGGCCUAUAAGGAAACUGCUCAAGCCUACAAGGAUGAGUACAAAGCACCAGCUUUCAAGGGACCAUCUCAAUCUUACAAAGAGCCUGCCUACAAUGAGCCGGAAUACAAGGAGCCCGCCUACAAGGAGCCCGCCUACAAGGAGCCCGCCUACAAAGAGCCCGCUUACAAGGAACCUGCCUACAAAGAGCCUGCUCCGGCCUACAAGGAACCUGCUUACAAAGAGCCUGCUCCGGCCUAUGCAGAAUCUUCUUCGGCCUACAAAGAAUCAGCCCCGGCCUACAAGGAAUCAGCCCCAGCUUACAAGGAAGUAGAGUACAAAGCACCAGCUUUCAAGGGGCCAUCUCCGUCUUACAAGGAGCCUGCUUACACCGAGGAUUACAAGACGCCAGCCUACAACAAAGAACCCGAAUACAAGGAACCAUCUUCAUCCAAAGGGUCCGCCACUGCUUACAAGGAGCCUGAGUACAAGCAACCAGCCCAGGCCUCCUACACCGAAGCUGCUCCAGCCUACAAAGAACCCGCCUACAAGGAGCCUGAAUACAAACAACCAGCCAAGGCUGCCUACACCGAAGCUGCUCCAUCUUACAAAGAGCCUGCGUACAAGGAGCCCGCUUACAAAGAAGAAUCCUACAAGGAACCACCUCGCACGGAUCGCCCAGUUUUCAGAGAUGAGAUUCCGUACCGAGGAGAAACAUCCCACAAAUCUUCCUACAAGGAUGAAGCACCGAAAAUAAACUACCACUCGCCCCAGUCCGACUACGUCGCUCCUGAUUCUGAAUUCCGCCCAACCAGCAGACCCUACGAAGCCGUUGGACCCAAAUCGCCCGUCUACGUCGAACGUGAUUUCAUUCCCAUCAAACCACAAGCUCCGUCUUACGAUGCGCCAACCACCACUUACCGGACGACGACUGCCUAUGAAGCUCCUGCUAAAAACGGAUAUCCUACAUACCCCCCGACUGCCGUUUACGAACCAGUUACCGCCAAGUACAAGGCUCCUGAAGCGUCGUAUGACUCGCCGACUCAAAGUUACGAACAAGCCACAACCAAAUACAAGGCACCGGAGGCAUCCUACGAAUCGGCGGCUUACGAAGCUCCUAAACGGUAUGUAGAAACCCCAACUCGUGAUUACUUGCCAGCCAAGAAAUACGAAAACCCACCAUCACGAACACCUUCACCAUCCGUCGCCUAUUACAAACCUCCAAACAGGUACGUAGAGCCACCAACGAAAUACGAAUCUCCCGCUGCUUACGACAGCCCAGCUCCGGCCAAAUAUGUUGACCCGGCCUACGAAGCUCCUAAAAAGUACGAAGCUACUUACGACAGCCCAGCUCCCGCUAAAUACGUUGAACCAGCCUACGAAGCUCCCAAAAAAUAUGAAGCUACUUACGAUAGCCCAGCUCCGGCCAAAUACGUCGAACCGGCCUAUGAAGCUCCAGGUAAAUAUGUCGAGUAUCCUCCUACUACCCACAAACCAGACGGAUACCGAGUCGAACCGCUGACCACUCCUGCCUACAAGGAAACUUAUCCAGCUGACGAUUACGCCCCUAGUGGUUACAAGGAUGAUGUCGAAUUGUCCAGCACUAGUUACCAGGCAGUGUCCAAGAAUUACGAUUCGCCCAUCGAUGAUUAUGGUAAACCACCAGUGGCUUACGAUCAAGUGAAAAAGCCAGAUGAGUCCUAUUCGGCUGAAAAAGAAUCGUAUCCUUCGUCUCCAUCGUACGACGACGCCAAGAAACCGGAUGACACCUACGGAGCUGAUGCAGGAUCGUCACCCUCUUACGAAGCACCCAAAAAGAAGCACUACCCAGUCAUCAUCGGUCGCUACCAGGUCACCGAUUCCAGCGCCUUUUUGCCUAAAAAGGUCGGCGGUGAAAGUGGCGGAAGCAGUAGUGGAAGCAGCAGCGGAGGCAAAUCGGUCGGAUCGCAAGUUCAUGGAGCUAAUGGAGAGGAAUAUGUUGUCUAUUACUUACCUUACGGUCAGCCACUUCCGAUUCCAGUCCGACGCAAGAGAAGCACACAAGACUUGGAGAACGUCCAACCAGUCUACACCAUCCGGCGCUUGAAGAGUUUGGCUGAUAGCCAGCGUCACCGACGCAAACUGCGUGGAGAGAGCCCACCGGAGGAACAAGUACUUACUCCGGAGGAGGUCCACAAACAGGUCGCAUACGCCAAAGCAGUUGAGACUGCGACAGCUGAAGUGGUAACUGAAGAAGCCGUCACCGAAACUGUCCCCUUUGUUGUUCCAGUUGUCGAAGAAGAGGUCCUUAUCCCAGAAAUUGAUUUGAAAAAGGUACAGGAUGAGACCGCUUCAACUCAAGACGACGUUGACCGAGAUGAAAUCGUUGCACUACAAGUUGACGACCAAGUACAGAACGACAAUGUUCCACCACAAGCUGACAUUUCAGACGACGAAAUCGUUGCACCUCAAGUUGACGAAGUGCUUGACGAAAUCAUUUCAUCACCAAUUGAUGUUUCACAGGAUGAAAUCGUUCCAGCCCAAGUUGAGGAAAUCCUGAAUGAAGAUCUUCCAGUUCCGGCUGAAAUUGUCCAGGAAACCCCAUCCGACGACGAAGACGAUGUAUCAGUUACAACCGAUUUACCAAUCACCAUGGAUGAAAUGAUGGUGGCGAAGAUCGAAGAGGACUUGACUAGAUCCUCCAUGCUUCCCAUGACUGUCAUAGUACCAGAGACGCCCAUGUCAGAUGUUGAAGAACCUGUAGGAGAAAUUAUCAUUGUCAAAGUAUCGGCUGACAAUGAGGAGAGACCUGUUAUCGUGGCUGUCGAAGAAGUGAGCGUCUUACAAGUUAACACGGCUCCUGAGACGGAAGAAGAAGAGCCCCAGGUAACUUUUGGUAUUGCCGAAGAGCCUGUUGUGGUCAUCAAUGCUGAAACACCCAUCGAGGUAGAAGAUGAACCUGUUGUGGCUGUCGAAGGUGGAGUCGCCAAUAUCGAUUUUCUUACGGAGACGGAACAGGAGGAAGAAGUGAAUGAACCUCCAUUCACCUCAGAAGUGGCUUUCAUCACCGAAAAGGGAACCAAGGACUACCCUGCCAAUCCAUUUGCAUACGAAGGCAAAAAGAAGAAGCCCGCAAUUUUCAAGCAGUCCACCUUGCCCGGCUUAACUCAAAGGCCCGUCAAGUACCUAAAGCCUCCCGGAAUAGCAGCCGAUCCUAAGGAGAGUACCGGAGGUUAUUCGACCUGGUGGACCAAAAUCGGAUCACGAGUUUCCAAACAUUAUAAUUACGAAUAAAGUGAAUGAAUGUAGUAUUGAAGUUUAUUACCUGCAGCACCGUGAUGUAAAAUCAGAAGAAUGAUGGGUGUCACGACCGCUUGGCGCUAGUGUACAUCUCCCCCAUUCGUCUUUUUCAGCACGCCUGCAUGUUUGUUUGGUAGUCCCCUGUUGGUGUUUAAAAAAAAUAUGCGCCAAAACCCCAUAAUGUGCGCAUUGAAUUGCAGUGCCUUUACCCGCCUCUUCACCUACCAAAAGUUUAUUCUUUCUUUCAACUGAUGUAUAAAUAGGUGUUUGAUGAAAACAGAAUUAUACGAUUUUUAUAUUCCCAAAUGCAA